CGAAACGAAAUCGCAAACCAAAACAAUCCUGUUCUUUGUCCCUACGCGCGUUAGGGACUAUAGCGCCUAGGUUGAGAGGUUUUGGAACCUGAUGGUCUACGCCAGUCGGUGAUAGUAUUGGCAAGCGGAAGCAUCUCUGCCUUAGAUUCGUGGUUCGCGUACGUGUUCGAUUCCGUGUCGAGAGGGCUUCGCACUUGUGCCUAAUAAGUGUCACUAGAUUCCACGCGUUCGGGAACUGUAAAUUGGACUAACUGUAUUCAAUGGUGUUCCAGUUGCUGUCAAGUUCGGAAUAAGCUGUUAAUGCAGCAAACUAUCCAGCCAGCGGAUUAACGACUAACGAGGUUCUGAAGACUCUGCAGAAGGGUCAAAUUACCAGUUCAAGGAGUAAAUAUACACGUCGUCAAUCACUAGGACCCGCUUGUAUGUGAUGGAAUUUAGCGAUCUACUUCGGUCGAUUGCAGACUACGUUUGAUUGCCAUGUACAUCAAAUCGGGUCACCGGUUCCUCAGCGACAAAGGCCAGAUAGUGUUCCCUGGCCCACCAACACGUUCAGCAUUUUCAUUUUCCUACACGAACCCACCAACUACGACGACCACCACGGCAAGCACCACGACGGUGGCCGCCCUGCCCGAUUCCCUUCUGGAAAGUGACGAUGAAUCAAACUUUAUCGAUAUGUGGCGAAGUAAAUCGACGUCCGGCUCGGACAUGCUUUCCGACAAAAUCCAGAUGUUCUACAUCUACAUAACGGUUACCAUAACGUCCGUGUUUGUGCUCAUCCUGCUGGGAAUUUUCGGUUACAUGUGCUACAAAAGAAAGGGAUUUCAAAGCAUAGAGAACCAACAGGACAUUGAAACGACCCGGAGGCAGAGCAGUCGAAGAUCCCAGCGGAGCCACUCGAGGAACUACUCCAAGGAGUGCGAAGCCGCUGAGAACCCGGGGCAGACACUUCUGCGUUAAAAUUUAAUUAAAUAUUGUAUUUUGUGACGUUUUUGUGAAACGGCUGAAUUAUUUUGUAAGGUUUUUUAGAAAUAUAAAAUGUUUAUUGAUUUGCAAAUCCA